AUGCAACGCAUGGUUGCUGGCAUGCCUCGCUCCCGGUGGUCAACUCUUUUCGAUGUCGUCUGCUAUUUUCAACGCCCACUCUGUGGAGUGACGAAGGCUUGGAAGGCCAGACCUGAAACGGUGGCUAUCGGUCAUUUUGGAUAUUUCCCCAGCGUCUUGAGUUUUAUCGUCCUGACUCUUAUGAGGACUGUUUGUGGCUACUUGCCAAACACCAAAGAGACCUAUAUCCUCCACCACCUGCUGGUACAGCAGGCAGUUGUCCCACCUCCGAAGGAGAGGGAGGGUUUCGAGUUGGUAUGA